AAAGAAGCCAACAUAGUUGAGCUAAUUGUUAUCGCCUUCCUCCUUGCUCCUUCCUUCUUCGUCGGAAGGUGCUCAUGGCUGUGUAGAACGAGCUCGAAACCAUUCACGACCAGACCUUCUCUUCGAGCGGCAAACCUUCUGUGAGCUGCUGAGAGCAAAUCGCGAUGGGCUAUACUUCAGUUGGGGAACGUCCUGCUUUGCUGCAGCUGCGAAAAUGGGGGCCUUCCCAGGCCCAACUCAACCUUUCUGAAUUUCGUGAAGCUUUUAUAUCUCCCACAAGGCAACUGUUGUUGUUGCUUUCGCAUCAAUGCGAAGCUUUGCUGCUUCCUCUACUUACAGGGAACCCCAUAGAUGUUGACUGUUCAGGCACCACCGUGGGUGAUAAUGGAGCUUUACAUGAUCCUGAUUCUUUAGCUCUAACGGUUCUGGAUAAAACACAAUUAGAGGAUAGCUUCCCUUCUCCUUCUGGAUCUCCUGGAGAGUCUCAUGACGAGCUUUCUAAUAUCAGUCACCCUUUCAUUUCCGAUGUGAAUUCGCUUGCUUGGGCCGCAUGUGGUGAUACCUACAGCCAUUCUGAGGAAGCUCCAUUCAAAGAUAUUCUGUUUGUUUCUGGAAGACAUGGAGUGACUGUUCAUGGUUUCUGUCAGAAUGAGGUGAGCAGUCAAAGAACAGAAACUGUGUCAGAGCCUCAGAUCACGGAAGGGAGAUGGAUGGAGUGGGGGCCCGAUUCAAUAUCAUACCAAAAUGUAGAUCUCCAGGAGUCUUAUCGCUUGUCUCGAGAAUCCUCUGGAGGCCUUGUGCAAGAAGACAGAUCGAGGGGUGUGGGAGGAAGUGAUAUGUACAGAAACUCAGGGCAGAAUGAGAUUUCAACUGCUGGCUCUAAAAGAUGGCUGCGAUCUUUUUUUGUUAAAGUUGAAACUGUGAAAUCUGAAGGUAAUGUACAGAUAAGGUUUCCUAUGAGGUCUUCAUUUCCUCGCUCUGCGAGAGUUGUUUCCUUCAGCAUUUUUGGUAGUAGUUUUGUAUCGACGGACUUUCUUUCUCAUGGGCGCGCUGUAAGAAAUGACAAAGACGAUCAGUGGGGAUCAGUUCGUGAUCCGGUGAAUGAUUCUUCUGUAGAUUCAAAUCUAAGAUCAUUCAGCCCUCACUUCAGAUCGGAUGUUUUAUCCAGUUUCCUUGGUUUUGGAGGAAAAUGCUUCUACAGUUGUUCGAGAGUAUUUUCCAGUAACUCUUGCAACUUGAUUGGGUUUGUUUUGACUUUGGUAGACUCUAUUUUAGACAGGACUAGGGACAACUCAAAUGAUAGUGAAUACAGUGGGGGCAAAACCUUUGUUGUGGUUGCUAGGUUGGAUUCUUGGGGAGUACAAUUGAUUUCGUCUGUGGAACUUGGAGAACAUCUGGCUAUGGUCAGGACGGUUGAAUGGACAGACUUUUGCUUUUCGGAAAACCUUCUUGUUUGUCUCACUUCUUCUGGCUUGGUCUCUUUCUACGCUGCAGUCUCUGGUGAGUAUGUGACACAUUUAGAUAUUAUGCAAAGCAUUGGACUUUGUACCCAAGUCAAUUCGCAUGAUCCAGGAGAGAUGUGUGUUGGAGCUGGCUUACAAACAGAGCAGGAUCCUGGCCAGGCAGCUCCUGAGUCUAAUAACAUCUUCAUAAGAAGAAGGUUUAGAAGAUUGAUUGGUGCUUCAUAUACUUCACGCUUUGCCGCAGUUGAUGAAACUGGUUUGAUUUACGUGUUAUAUGCUGGUAAACACUUGCCAGACAAACACAAUUCUAGUGUCAAACUGCAGCCACAUUUUCAGCAUCCAGAGCUGGGGACAUUGGUUGGCUUGGAAAUUGCCAGUAGUGACAUAGGCCGUCAGAUGGCCGAGAGUGGGUCUCCUAAUGGGUUGUUGAGCCAUGAUGCCUCAUAUUCAAGUGGAUUUUCGGAUUCAAAGAAAAUGGAUAGGAAGUUUCGUGAUUUAGGUGUACCUUUAAAAUCUAUACGCCGUGUCUUUCUCCCCACGGAGGGAUUUAAUAAAGAUGACUGCUUUUGUUUCUCUCCCCUGGGAAUCACUCGACUAGUUAAAAAGCAUGGGAAGGACCAAUGUGGUUAUCAAAUUGUUCAUCAUAAUCUGCAUUUUGAUCCAGAAGUUCAUGAUGACAAGUGCAUAAAUUCUCGGAGAGAGAUUUGCUACGGUGAAGAGAGUACCUUUGUUGGUGAUGUAGUUGGUUGCAGCUUCCAGGGAUGUUUUUAUCUGGUGACAAAAUGUGGUCUUUCAGUAGUUCUUCCAUCUGUUUCAUCUUCAUCAUAUUCGUUUCCUCUCAAAUCCUUGGGGCAACGCCAAUUUAGUAGUGGCGGCGCUGCAGGAAUGACAUCCUGGGAAAUCGAAGUUUUGGACAGAGUCAUUCUGUAUGAAGGUCCUGAUGUGGCAGAACGCUUGUGUUUAGAAAAUGGAUGGGACUUGAAAUUGUCUCGCAUACGUCGCCUACAAAUGCUACUGGACUACUUGAAAUUUGAUGAGAUUGAGCAAUCUCUGGAGAUGCUUGUGGGUGUAAAUCUAGCAGAAGAAGGGAUUCUGAGAAUACUCUUUAGAGCAGCUUAUCUGAUGUUUGGAAAAGUUGGAAGCGAUAAUGAGCUGUCUGCUGCAUCAAGGCUUCUUGCAUUGGUCUCUUCCUUUGCCACCAAACUAAUUCAAGUGUAUGGGUUGCUGCAGCAAAAGAAAAAUGCAUGUAAAUUACGGGGCAGCAAGGGUCGAGUAUUUUCUCUUCUUCAUGAUUUACCAGGGGAAAUACAAAAUAAGACAAAAAUAUCGAAAAACCUUCAAGAGAUGGCCCACCUUCUGGAGAUUACUAGAAAUUUGCAAUCUCGGCUUGUUGUGAAAAUUCAGAGGCCUGGCCAAGAAUUGGUUCAUGAGGAGGAUGCAUUAAGCUUGGUGCAGUCAGAUGCGCAUUUGGAUGAAUUGGAACUCUCAAUGGUUCCUGCCGAUCGACUAUCUCUUAAGACAUCGGGCGAUGGUUUAAUUUCUUCAUCUGCAGCUGUUGAUUCUGAAAGUCUGUUGCUGACACUAAAAGAUUACUCGGUUUCCACUGACCACUUAGAUUCUGGCGACUUUAGUCAAGCAUCUGCCCUUGUUCCACAAGAGUCCCUAUUACAGAGGGAGGUUCCGAGGACUAUUCUACCCUUGGAAAAUCCCAAGGAGAUGAUUGCACGUUGGAAGAUGGACAAUUUGGACCUGAAAACUGUAGUUAAAGAUGCUCUGUUCUCUGGUCGUCUUCCCUUAGCUGUUCUUCAGUUGCAUCUUCAUCGUUCAGGAGAGUUGCAUAAAGAAAACACAGAGAAUGAUACUUUUAGUGAAGUUCGUGAGGUUGGAAGAGCUAUUGCAUGUGAUUUGUUUCUUAAGGGUGAAACCAGACUUGCUAUAGAGACACUUCAGAGACUUGGAGAGGAUAUCAAAACCACACUUAAGCAAUUGGUCUUUGGCACAACAAGGAGAUCUCUUCGACUACAAAUUGCUGAUGAGAUGGAAAAAUGUGGUUUUCUUGGACCAUAUGAAUGGAAGAUACUAGAGAGGAUAUCACUUAUCGAGAGGCUCUACCCUAGCAGCAGUUUCUGGAGAACUUUUCUGGGCCGACAGGAAGAAUUUGAUAAUGAAAGUAAAGCAAGUGGAAAUGUCUCGGAGGAAAAGUCUUCAUUAUUGUUACAUUUGCCUUUGUAUAACAACAUAAAGAUUGAGUGCGAUGAGAUUGAUGGAAUUAUUUUGGGCACAUGGAUGAAUGUCCGUGCCACUUCUUCAGUGGAAGUGAGUGAUAAGGAUGGUGCUUGUGCUGGCUACUGGGCUGCUGCUGCUGUCUGGUCUAGCAUCUGGGAUCGGAGAACCGUGGAUAGGAUUGUCCUGGACCAGCCGUUUCUCAUGGGUGUUCAUGUUCUCUGGGAUUCACAACUUGAGUACCACAUAUCCCAUAAUGAAUGGGAGGAGGUGGCAAGACUCUUGGACUUGAUCCCUUCAUCAACAUUAUCAGAUGGAAGACUCCAAAUAAGGCUGGAUGUUAUGCAGCCUUCUUCGUUGGUUGGUUACGACAGACAAGUUUCUUACCGUGGAGAUUAUCCAUCUCCAAUGGAAGAACUUGAUGCAGUUUGCAUGGAUGUUCCUGAUGUCAAGUUGUUUAGAUUCUCCGAUAAUAUUUUGUGCUGUACAUGGCUAAGGAUGCUCUUGGAACAGGAGCUUGCAAAAAGAUUAAUUUUUCUAAGAGAAUCAUGGGAAAGCACAUCAGACAUAGUUCCCCUCCUAGCCCGUUCGGGCUUUGUUACUAGAAAGUUCCAGGUCUCAUUUGAUGAUGGAUUCAAUUGGAGCUCAACAGAUGUGAAAUACUCCGCUGAUAAUGGAUCGUCCCUCGUAAAUUCUGUGCAUGGUUUACAUAAAGUGCUAAUACGUCACUGUGCUCAGUACAGCUUGCCAAACCUCUUGGACCUCUAUCUUGAUCAUCAUGAGUUGGUUCUGGAUAGCGAUUCACUUUAUUCAUUUCUGGAAGCUGUAGGUGAUUGCCAGUGGGCAAGAUGGUUGCUCUAUUCUAGAGUCAAAGGGCAAGAAUAUGAAGCAUCCUUCUCCAAUGCUCGUGCAAUUAUGACUCAGAAUUCUAUGCCCAGUAAUAAUAUUCUUAAUGUUCUGGAGACCGAUGAAUUAGUAUACACAAUUGAUGACAUCGCAGAAGGUGGGGGUGAAUUGGCUGCUUUAGCAACUCUAAUGUAUGCUCCUAUUCCAAUUCAAAAUUGUCUGAGCACAGGCAGUGUGAAAAGGCAGAGCACCUCUGCCCAGUGCACAUUAGAGAAUCUGCAGCCUGCGUUGCAACAUUUUCCCACUCUGUGGCGGACAUUCGUGGCAGCAUGCUUAGGCCAAGAUCCUGCAUGCAAUUUUUCUGUACAGAAAGGAAUAUAUGGGUUCAGCAGCUCAGCUCUAUCAGAGUAUCUAAGGUGGCGUGAAAAUAUUUUCUGCUCUUCUGAUCGUGAUACUUCGCUUAUGCAAAUGUUGCCAUGCUGGUUCCCUAAAGCUGUCCGGAGGCUAGUUCAGCUAUACAUUGAGGAUCCUCUUGGAUGGCAAUCAUUAGCAGUCCCAUCUAGCGCAGGAUACCUAUUUAGCAAAGAUGAUGUAUUUGUAAACAACAAUGAACUUGCUCAGAUCACUGAAAUCAGUUGGGAAGCAACCAUUCAAAGGCGCAUAGAGGAAGAACUUUUUGAUUCUUCACUAAAGGAAACUGGACUGGGACUAGAACACCAUUUGCAUCGUGGACGUGUGCUGGCUGCCUUUAAUCAUAUUCUUGGUGCUCGAGUCGAAAAGUUAAAAGUGGAAAAGCAUUCUGGUGCUUCAGUAAAAGGACAAUCAAAUAUUCAAUCAGAUGUUCAGACACUUCUUGCCCCUUUAAGCCAAAGUGAAGAGUCGCUUCUAUCAUCUGUCAUGCCCCUCGCUGUUUCGCAUUUUGAGGAUCCUGUCUUGGUGGCGUCAUGUGUUUUUUUCUUGGAGCUUUGUGGCUUAUCUACUAGCAUGCUUCGAGUAGAUGUUGCAGCUUUGAGACGGAUUUCAUCUUUCUAUAAAUCUGCUGAUAACAACGAGAGCUAUCGUCAACUAUCACCAAAGGGUUCUGCAUUUCAUGCAACAUCACAGGAAAGAGAUAUAGCAGAAUCACUGGCUAGAGCACUGGCUGAUGAGUAUCUGCACUGCGAUUAUGCAAGCAUGAGUAAAAAAAAUGAAGCCUCGGAUUUGAUUAAUGGCAAAAGGGCAUCGCGAUCCCUGAUGCUUGUCCUACAUCAUCUAGAAAAGGCUAGUCUUCCACCAGUGGUAGAUGAGAAGACAAGCGGGUCUUGGCUCCUCGAUGGCAAUGGGGAUGGAAAUGCAUUAAGAUCACGACAAAAAGCUGCCAGCCAACGCUGGAAUUUGGUCAUAGAUUUUUGUCAAAUUCAUCGUGUUCCACUAAGCACAAAAUACCUUGCUGUAUUAGCUAGAGAUAAUGACUGGGUGGGCUUUCUAUCUGAAUCUCAGACUGGAGGAUACCCUUUUGAUGUAGUAACGCAAGUUGCAUCGAAGGAGUUCACUGACCCUCGCCUUAAGCUUCACAUAUUAACAGUGCUGAAAAAUAUGCAAUCAAGAAGAAAAGUUGGCUCUUCAUCGUUAUCAGAUUCUGUAGAAGGGAGGAAUGGGACUUCCCUGGUGGAUGAUAACAUCUACACUCCUGUUGAGCUUUUUGGAAUACUAGCAGAGUGUGAGAAGCAAAAGAAUCCUGGGGAGGCCCUUCUUAUUAAAGCAAAGGACUUAUCUUGGUCUAUUUUGGCAAUGAUCGCAUCUUGCUUUGCUGAUGUUACUCCGCUUGCAUGCCUCACUGUUUGGCUGGAAAUUACUGCAGCAAGGGAGACAUCAUCUAUCAAGGUAAAUGAUAUAGCUUCGCAGAUUGCUGAUAAUGUCGCAGCAACUGUGGAAGCUUGUAAUUCCAAGCCAGCAUGUGAUAGAGCUGUUACAUUUCAUUACAACAGAAGGAACCUGAAGCGCCGGCGUCUCAUGGAGAACACUCGUGUUGACAGCUUAGCUGCCACAGAAGCUGAAGCUUCCAGCAGUCCCUCAAUGGGAAAAACUCCUGUUGCCAAAUUUAUUGAGGCUGAAGAGGAAAAUAAAGUUGAAAUUGGUGAAUAUAUUAAGGUUUCUAGUGAAUUUGGUGAAGGGCCAGCUUCUUUGACAAGAAUGGUUGCUGUGCUGUGUGAGCAAGGAUUAUUUCUUCCUUUGCUGAGGGCAUUUGAAAUGUUCCUUCCUUCAUCUUCUCUACUACCUUUCAUCCGUGCUCUUCAGGCAUUUUCACAGAUGCGCCUUUCUGAGGCUUCAGCUCAUUUGGGUUCAUUUUCUGUCAGAAUUAAGGAAGAGUUAGCCCAUUCUCUAACAAAUGCUGGUAAAGAAGAGCAUAUUGCUACCUCGUGGAUAAGCUCCACAGCUGUAAAAGCUGCUGAUGCUGUGCUUUCAUCCUGUCCAUCGCCUUAUGAGAAAAGAUGCUUACUGCAGCUUCUUGCUGCAACUGACUUUGGUGAUGGAAGAAGUGCAGCUGCACGCUAUCGAAGGCUUUACUGGAAAAUUAACUUAGCAGAGCCUUCAUUAAGAAAAGAUGAUCUACACCUUGGAAACGAGACGCUAGAUGAUGCUUCCCUUCUAACUGCCUUAGAGAAGAAUGGCCAUUGGGAGCAAGCACGCAACUGGGCCAGACAGUUGGAGGCCGUUGGGGGACCUUGGAAAUCUGCUGUUCACCAUGUUACAGAAACUCAGGCUGAAUCCAUGGUUGCAGAAUGGAUGGAGUUCCUUUGGGAUGUCCCAGAAGAAAGAGUCGCUUUAUGGGGGCACUGUCAGAGGUUGUUUAUCAGAUAUUCUUUCCCGCCUCUACAGGCUGGACAGUUCUUUCUCAAACAUGCCGAAACCUUGGAGAAGGACCUCCCAGCAAAAGAACUUCAUGAAUUGUUGCUGCUUUCUCUCCAAUGGUUGGGUGGUGUAAUAACUGUUUCCUCUCCGGUCUAUCCUUUGUAUCUCCUAAGAGAAAUCGAGACAAGAGUGUGGCUCCUUGCAGUUGAAUCUGAAGCUCAAAUGAAAAGCACCGGGGAUUUCUCUUUGUUUAAUUCUAAUCUAGACACUGUUAGUGGGAGCUGUUCCAGUAUAAUUGACAAGACAGCAAGCAUCAUAACAAAGAUGGACAAUCAUAUCACUGCAAUGAGGAAUAAGACCACUGAGAAACUUGAUUUAAGGGAUAAUACACAGGAAGGAGUAGCGCAAAGACAAAAAAGAAGGGUUAAAGCCUCACCAUCGAGACGCUCAGCAAUAGAGACAGUGGACAGAAACACUGAUUCAGAAGAUGGUUUUAGUAAUAUGAAUGCUAGAGUGGACUUGCAGUUACCUGAUGAGAACGUAAAACUUGAAGUCUCGCUAUCAAGAUGGGAGGAAAGAGUAGGACCUGAGGAGCUAGAGAGGGCGGUUCUCUCACUAUUGGAGUUUGGACAAAUUAGUGCAGCCAAGCAACUCCAGCACAAGCUAUCACCUACCCAUGUGCCAUCUGAGUUCUUCCUUGUCAAUGCUGCCCUUAAGCUGGCAGCAGUCUCGACUCCUUGGAGUGAAAUACCCAUAUCGAUACUUGAUGAUGAAGUUCGUUCUGUUAUUCAGUCGUAUAAUAUCCCAAUGGAAAAGCAUCUCAUUGACCCCCUUCAGGUUUUGGAGAGUUUAACGACCAUAUUUACUGAAGGCAGGGGACGAGGACUUUGCAGAAGAAUAAUAGCAGUUGUGAAAGCGGCGAAUGUGUUGGGUCUUUCAUUCUCGGAAGCAUUUGCGAAGCAACCUAUUGAAGUCCUGCAGCUGCUGUCACUUAAAGCACAAGAGUCGUUUGAGGAAGCAAAACUGUUAGUUCAAAUGCACUCCAUGCCUUCUGCAAGUAUUGCCCGAAUUCUUGCAGAAUCCUUUCUAAAAGGAUUGUUAGCAGCGCAUCGUGGUGGGUACAUUGAUUCACAGCAAGAGGAAGAAGGACCUGCUCCGUUGCUGUGGAGAUUCUCGGACUUCCUGAAGUGGGCAGAGCUUUGUCCUUCUGAACCCGAGAUUGGCCAUGCAUUGAUGCGUUUGGUGAUAACUGGACAAGAAAUACCACAUACCUGCGAGGUGGAACUGCUUAUUCUGUCGCAUCACUUCUACAAAUCAUCUGCAUGCUUGGAUGGAGUCGAUGUUCUCGUAGCGCUUGCUGCGAACAAGGUCGACUCUUAUGUGACAGAGGGCGAUUUUUCAUGUUUGGCUCGCUUGAUAACUGGAGUGGGCAACUUCUACGGCCUAAAUUUCAUUCUUGGCAUACUUAUUGAGAAUGGCCAGCUUGAUCUUCUCCUUCAGAAGUAUUCAGCUGCGGCAGAUGCAAACUCGAGCGCUGCUGAAUCUGUCAGAGGGUUCAGAAUGGCAGUUCUGACAUCGUUGAAGCAAUUCAACCCCAAUGAUCUCGAUGCAGUUGCCAUGGUGUACAACCACUUUGACAUGAAGCACGAGGCGGCAGCACUCUUGGAGUCGAGGGCUGAGCAAUCCUCUGAGCUCUGGUUCCGGCGCUAUGACAAGGACCAGAAUGAGGACCUUCUCGAAUCGAUGCUACUCUAUAUUCAAGCUGCAGAAGUCCACUCAUCCAUUGAUGCAGGGAACAAGACCAGACGGGGCUGCGCUCUUGCCUCCCUGGUCUCCCUUCAGAUCCGCAUGCCUGAUUUCCAAUGGCUGAACCGAACAGAGACGAACGCUCGACGGGCCUUGGUGGAGCAGUCCCAAUUCCAGGAAGCGUUGAUUGUGGCGGAGGCUUAUAAUUUGAAUCAGCCGAGUGAGUGGGCCCUCGUGCUGUGGAACCAGAUGCUGAAUCCCGAGAUAAUAGAGGAGUUUGUGGCGGAGUUUGUGGCAGUUCUUCCCCUUCAGCCGACGAUGCUCAUCGAGCUCGCCCGGUUCUAUCGGGCAGAGAUGGCAGCUCGUGGGGACCAGUCGCAGUUCUCUGUUUGGCUCACUGGUGGUGGGUUGCCAGCGGAGUGGGCGAAAUACUUGGCUAGGUCCUUCAGGUGCUUGUUGAAGAGGACCCGAGACUUAAGAUUGCGCUUACAAAUGGCCACCAUUGCCACAGGCUUCACAGACGUUACCGACUCGUGCGUGAAGGCACUGGACCGGGUUCCCGAGAAUGCAGGUCCCCUCAUGCUCCGGAGAGGGCAUGGUGGAGCCUACCUACCCCUAAUGUGAAGCUCGAUUUUCCGGUAGUAAGUAAAAAGUUGGAAGUUAAUUCUUUGAGACCCGUAUUUUUGUGGUUUCUGCCUCUCGGAUAGGAUGAAAUCUUAAAGACAGCUGUGAGAUUGAUAACAAGGAGAGUGCAUAGGUUUCUUAGGCCAUGAUUUCUAGUUUUUGGGUGUAAAUUCGUUUGGGUCGGUUCUCGGGUAAAAAUUCCCUUUUCCAUUCAUUCUUUUUUCCCCAAUUCCACCUUAUAAGGUAUUCCGAGCCGAUGUAUUCUGUACUUCCAUUGUAAUGAAACAUUCAAUUUUGGUAAAAACCGAUAUACGCUCUCAGGUUUUA